UGAGCGCUGCCAGUGUGGAGCACCUGGUAGUCAGUCAUCGGCGGGACUAAAGUGGAGCUGCGUACAGUGUAGUGACAACACAGCAAUGCGGACGAAGAAGGGCAAAAACGAGGGGAAUUGUCCGGUUUUCUGUAACAGCCCGGCGGGUCGGGGGCUUCAGCUGGUCGCGAGGCAUCAUUGAAGCAGGAAUUUCGUCUCCAAAACUACGCAGAAAAGGACAUUAGCCGGUUUGGAAACAGCUCCCGGGCGGAUAUUUUCCCGACAAAACCCGAAACCACAUCCGUAUUCCCAGCCCCGGUCGUGUGGAACAGAAAAAGAAUGAUAGCUUGAAUAUUUCUUAUGCUGUAUUUUAUCCCCCUUUUUGCCAGCACCGCGUCCCAUUUUGUUACAGACUCGCUAUGGUGGACUCCCCUACCAUGAGGAAGACUUUUGUGGUCCCAGACAUAAAGCCAUUGGAUUUGUAUGACUGCACUAAAUCAAAAAUAUGCGCAAGUGUCGGAUGGCUGCUGGCAAAGUCGUACGGCAGUGCAGAAAAUGUCCCUGCAGAGCUGCGUGACCCCUUCUACUGUGACCAGUAUGAACAAGAGCAUCUUAAACCACCAGUCACGCGCCUCCUGCAGUCCUCAGAACUCUACUGUCGCACCUACAGCCUGUUACUGGGAAGCAAUGGAGCCGAGGCACAGCCCAAAGACAAUGUUGCCCUGCUGCAGCUCCUCUCUCAGAGAGGCGUAGUGGCCGAAGACCAGGACACAGCAGUAACUGAUGCGGACCUCCAACAUAAACCCAUCAAAAUGAGUGCUCACCUGGCAGUGAUGGAUGCCUUGAUGGUUGUGGGAGCCAUGGAGACGGUGACUGCGGUGAAGACAUGUGGCUCUGCUGAGCUACUGGGUGGAGCUUCUAAGUGGGAGGAUGCUCUGCUUCAUUGGGUUAAGGGGUUAAACCAGAAGCUGAGAGAACAAACUGAAGGAGCCGAGAGCGACCCGUCUCAGGCCAUCACAGAGCCCCAACCUGUUCAACCCACUUGUCCUACUCGCUGGUACUGGAAACUUGUUCCUCUCCGCUACAGGAAGGAUAAAAUCCAAUCCAAAAUAAAGCCCAUCUUUCCAGUAGUAAAUGAAGUAAAAGACCUUUCCAGUGGUUGCGCCAUUGCUGCCGUCAUACAUUACUAUUGCCCUGGACUGCUGAGACUUGAAGAUGUUUGUAUGAAGGAUUCCAUGUCUGUGCCAGACAGUCUGUAUAACCUACAGUUCAUCCGUGAAUUCUGUGACAGCUGUCUGAAGAGCUGCUGUCACUUGGCACUGGAGGACAUGCUUUACACACCACAGGAGCUUCAGCUCAAUUUGCUGAGCUUCUUGUCAGAACUGCUUAGCUGGUUUGAAGUACGAAGGCCGGAAUUUGUUCAGCCAAUAGACACGCUAGAUGGAUCUGUACCUGUAACACCAAGUGGCUUGAGUGGGAGCAGUACCUCUCCCUCUAUCUUCAAGAAACCUUUCCUCCCAAUUUCCUCCCCUGCAUCAGAAGGAGUUGGAAAGACAUGGAGCAAGAAACCUCUCAGCCGGCCCUUGUCGGCAGUAUCCUUUAGCAUUCCUUUUGGCUUGGACAGCGAUGUGGACAUUGUGAUGGGCAACCCUGUGAUAACUCGCUCUGUGAGCUCAGAUCAACUCAACCCAGUAGGCCAAAACAUGACUCGAGUGCCCUACACCCCACCUGAAGACCUCAGCCAUUUGCUAAGCAAAGCCCCUGGACCCAACGGUCCACAGAGGGCAUCGUGGUCCACCCAGACUCCGAGUGUUUCAAGGCUGGUAGAGGAGAACGGCCUUGGGACAAGUGAAACAGGAGAACUGCCUACCAUUGAAGAGGCUCUCCAAAUUAUUCACAACGAAAGCAAGAUGGAGCCUCGUUUACACCCAGAUGGGGCUCCUGAUGGCUUCUACCUCCACUCUCCUGAUGACCCUGCUAGUUCUAGAUAUAACAGCAACUUGGCCCCGAUUAGCUGCUCUGCUCCAUCACGCUCAGGAAUGAUGUACCGGCCUAUGGCAGAGUCCAGAGAGCCCGCUCGUACCAGAAACACCUCUGAAUGUUCACGAGAUGAUGACUCAGUCUUAAGAGACGGCAGCGUGGAUUCAGAUGCCUCAGAAGACCUGCCUAAGGCCCACUCCACCCCAGCCACGCCUGCCGCUGGUGCACAGCCUGCUAGAGGCCAUAGUAAAGAGGGAACGGAUAGUGGUGUGAAGAUGACCAGCUUUGCAGAACGCAAAAAAAAACAUAUUACUGAUUCUCCAAAAGCCAGCGACCCACCUUCUGUGCAGAUGACUACAUGGACACAGAAGUCUGAAGAAAGCCCCAGCAAGAGCCCACAGCUCAAUAAUGAUAUGUCUGAGCUGGGGGCUCGGCUUGAAGAAAAGCGCAAAGCUAUUGAAGCUCAGAAGAAACGCAUUGAAGCCAUUUUUGCAAAGCAUCGACAAAGGCUAGGGAAGAGUGCCUUUCUACAGUUAAAGAAGGAGCAGCGUGAUGAUGAAGGUGACGGGAAAGGAGGGGUCAGCACCUCAUCCACAGAAGAAGAUCUGUCUCGCUUGACGCUGGAAGAAAGACUGGCUCGAAUGGAGGAAGAAGAGCAGCAGGAACAAGAUGAACAGCAACCCUCAAUGGAAGAUGAGGGUAAUGCUAAGAGAGAACUUGGACUCAACAAAGGAGUCGGUCUGUCCAAAGAAAAAGCAGGCACACCAGGAGAGAAGCCCUCAGGGACACCUGGUGAGAAAAUGGUAGCUCCUCUCGGGGAUUAUAACAAUGCUGUGUCCAAGCUGACUGCAGCUCUUAGCUCCCUGCAAAGUGACAUGCAGCGGCUGACUGAGCAGCAGAACCAGCUAAUCAAGAAAACUGUAGCUUCCAGCAAUAAAUCCUGGGUUAUUCCAGCCAGCCCUAAGACCUCCACCACAGCCCCUCCUUCUGCACGCCUGUCUCGAGAAUCCACACGAGACUUGAAUUCAGCCUCCUCCUCUCCUUCACCAUCCCGCAAAAUCACAAACCAUACCACUCCUCCAAAAUCUCCUCAUGCUCAUCGAAGAGCCCAGUCUGUACCUCCUAAAAGUCCAAAACAUAGUCGUCCAUUGGACAUUAAGGUUCCAACCCUGUCGAGGGUUCUUAAUCCACCUCAAAAUGUGGACCGCAUCCCCCAUCUUCGCCGUGUAAAUCCCUGGCAAUCCCAGGUCCAGACCUCCUCCUCAUUCUCUAUUGGUGACUCUGAGAGCCUAGAUGAGCUGCGCUCAUCGGGACCGACUCCUGUCCCCACGCCUACACUAACCCCUGCACCAACACCUAUUCCAACUCCCCGUCCUGUUGCAGAUGACGCCCUGUCAGAGGGCUCCAAUGACGGACAUAGUAUAUUUAGCAUGGACCUCGAGGUCGGGUCAUUGCAUGGUCCUUUGGCUAAGAAGGAAGGGCUUGCAGGAGGAGGUUCCAGCUCUGGUGCUCCGUCGGAGUGCUCCUUUGAGAGUGAUGCCCCUGCAGGAAUUUUAAAUGGCAAACGCAGUAGCCUGAUAGAGAUCUCACUGUCUGCCUUGCGAGGAGAUGGGGAAGAGGAUGAGCAAAUGCCUGACACUUUCUCAGACUCAAUGAGUGACCGGAUGGAGCCAGAGGCAAAAGCUGGAGUUGGUUUCUUUUUCAAGGAUGACAAAGAUCGACCGGAGGAUGAGAUGGCCCAGCGGAAAGCAGCUUUAUUAGAAAAACAACAGAAGAGAGCAGAAGAGAUGAAAAGACGCAAACUUGAGCAGGAGAAAGAAAAAGAAUCAAACAAGCCCCAGUGGAUGAUCAUUGAAGGCUGGGGAAAUAAGAGUGAGGACAGACCUCAGACUCCAGGCACCCCUCCAGCAUCACACACACCGUCAGCAGAGGGGACUCCCCAACGCAGAGGCGACUUCACUAGGCAGGAAUAUGAGAGGAGACAACAGCUGAAGAUCAUGGAAGACUUGGACAAGGUGCUGAGGCAAAAACCCACCACGGUCCGUGGUGUCAAGAAGCAGAGACCCAAGACUGUGUUCAGAGAUGACUCUGUCCUCUCUCAUAGCCCUGUCAAGGGUUUCAUGGGCACCAAGCUGAACAAGGUGUACUCCCACUCAACCAUGAAUCUGUCCUCCAUGGCUAAUGACUCUGGAGGUUUGACUAUCAGGAAGUCUCCCAGCCGUUCACACUCCCCCUCCCGGUCUCGGCUGAUGUCACCAGGACGAAUGAGUGCUCAGAAUGGAGAGAAAGACUGGGAGAAUGGCUCCACCAUUUCCUCCCCUGCUUCAAUCCCAGAAUAUACAGGCCCAAAGCUAUACAAGGAGCCUAGCUUUAAGUCCAACAAGUUCAUCAUCCACAAUGCUAUCACUCGCUGCUGCCUGGCUGGCAAGGUCAACGAACCGCAGAAAAACAAGAUUGUAGAGGAAAUGGAGAAGAGCACUGCCAAUCACUUCCUCAUCCUCUUCAGAGACUCCAGCUGCCAGUUCAGAGCAGUUUACACCAUGAACCCUGAAACUGAAGAGAUGGUACGUCUCACUGGCAUUGGACCCCGCAUCAUCUCCCCUGAGAUGGUAGAGUCCAUUUACAAGUACAGCUCUGACCGCAAGCAGUUCACCGUCAUCCCGUCCAAAACCAUGUCCAUGAGUGUUGACGCCUUCACCAUCCCUGGCCACUUUUGGCAAAAGCGCCCAGGGACUCCCAAAAAGCUUGGUACCCCCAAAUAAAGACUUCAAACCAUGGGUAGUGAUGUUAGCAUUCAGGGAAUAAACUCCCAAAUUGACUUCUAUUUUUCCUCUACUUUGGCGAAUGUGGCUCUUGAGGUUGUCCAUUAUCCAGUUGGAAUAGUAGCGGACAGCAUGACUGAUUAGGUUUUUGGCCGGUUAUCAGUCCGGACACCAGGAAUAAUCCAGUUGACUCUACAUGCCAAGAGAACGGGCCAAUCACUCACUCAGUCAGCCAAUGCAUCCACAAUAGUUUGUCUCUUGAGAGCCUCUGACUGACUCUGCCUGGUCUACCUAGAUUGUAAAAUGUAAUGCAACCGAUUCUAUCAGGAUGAAGAAUUCUUUCCCUUGCCUCCUCAUGCCUUGCCUUACCCUGCCAUGCCUGAGUCAUUUGUGUGACUCUUAGGUAAGAAAAAGAGGGGACAACCACACUGCCUUUGCCCGCACAACAGUAUUUUGGGCACAAGUAGUUCCCACCCCUCUUCGUUCUGCUUGCUUUUCCUUUUGCUGCCUUUUCUUCUUCCAGGGCUCACUCUCUCUAGUCUACUGAGACCAGCUCUCAGUUCUGAUAGGAGAUCUCAGCUGAAAAUGACUAGCAGGUAAAACUGCUCUCAUAUGAAUGUAGGGCACACACUAAUCACUCAUUCCAUUCAGGGGUGUUUUCACUUUAUGGUUAAGAAAAUACCAUCGUGGAUGGUCCUUCUGUGGGCUGCACUGGUGGUGGCUACUGUGGUUGUCCGUGCACACCUAGAAGCUACCUGUGCCCCAUAGUUUGUGCACCGCUCCACUCCAACUUUCCUUCAGCUGUAGACAUCUGGAUGUUUUUUAUACUAUUUUGACAUGUUUUUGCUGGACAACUUGAGUCAGCCUUUGAGAGCUGAAAGAAGAAUGAAAUUCAUGUGACUUUUUUCCUCUUAACUUGCUUUCUCAUUUUCGACGUGCUGAAAUGAAAUGUUAUCCGAGCUUGUCUUGAAAACGAAUACUGGAACCAUGAAGGAGGGCUUUAUCAUGUUUAUCAUUACUUGGAUACAGCUCUGUGUGAAAGUGAUAAUCAGUGCUGAUUUAAUACAUACUGAAUGCUGAUUACUAUGAUUUUUUUUGGGGGGGUUGAUGAUUUGUAAAAAGUAAGUUGACAUUUGUAAGCUACGAAUAAGCUAGCCUGCUGCUUAAGCAUUAGUGAGAUGGAUGUUUGAGAUGAGAAUGAAUGAAUGACAAUGAAAAGAAUUUCUCAAACAGCUGAAAUUGCUGAAACUGUUUGUUUAGGGAUUAAUAAAUCCUUUAGGUCACUAGGAGUCUGUUUCUGUUAUAUUAUUCCCUGUUUGUGUGUCCUGGCAUAUAAACAGUAGGUUUCUUGAUGAAGGAUCAUUGCGGACUGUAACAGCCCUCAUCUACCCCACAGUCUCUAGAGACUCCUUCAUGUGCAACUGGAGGAAUGUAAAAUGCCAAACUGCUUUUUUUUUUUUUUUUUGCCAGUGUCCUUGUUAUUACGAAAACCUGACUGAUAAGGUCAAUGUCACUACAAAGUCUGUGUGAAACUAGUCCUCUGCUCUUCCUUUGCAGUCUUUAGCACUACAGCAGCUGCCAUGGUGCAGCUGUCUACUUUCAAAUCACUGACUGCCUCCAAGAAAUGUGUUGUUUGAAUGAGAUUCCAACACAGAUGUGAAAAUGAAAAUGUUGAGAGCAGCAAUUAGAAAAAAAUCAGCAGUGUGUGUGGAGGGGUGCAUAUGAAAUUAGUAGAUGUUUGUAUUUAUGUGGUUGUAAAGAUUAGUCCGUGGUAGUAAACACCGUAUUUUGAUUCUGUGCAAUUCUCCCCUAGAAAUCUUGACGUCAUCCUCAGUCGUAUUUAUUUGCUUUGAAUUAGAUGGCGCAUUUGAUGUUUAGUUUCAGGGUCUAUUUUUUUUUUCCUCUUUUUUUUUUUUUUGGGUUAUGGCUAUAAGUCACAUACUCAUUUCAUAGAAGUUGUCAUAACAUUUAUGUUUUCUUUCUCCUCUGUUAUCCAACCUGUGCCAGCACAUUAUGUAUAUUCAUUUCAUAAACUGACUAUCCCUGGCAACUGGACCAGACAAAUAAAAUCCUUUUUAAAUCAUCCA